AUGUCAUAUCAAUAUUCAAAUGAAAUAAUUUUGAAACAAUUAUGUUCAGGAUUAUUAUCAGGUAGUGCUAUUGGAAUAUUAAUACGUAAAGGUCAUUAUGUUUUAUCUUAUAUAACAUUUACAUCUAUUGGUUUAAUUGAUUUUGCAUAUCAUUUUAAUUAUUUAAAAUCACAUAUAACACAUUUAACACAUGACAGUUCGAAUAAUCGAAGAAAUUUAAGAACAAGAUUAACUAAUUUACAACGAAAUUUACAAAGAGAAUUACGUGAACCAUCGGAUGAUGACGUCAAUCAAGAAUUACAAUGGUGUUUGAAUGAUGUAAGAAGAUAUAUUGAUCAACAUAUCUAUUAUGGAAUGGGUUUUACACUGGCAUUUUUAAUGAGUAUGGCUCUUGUACCAAAAAAAUAA